AUGUCGUACAACUACGUGGUAACGGCACAGAAGCCCACCGCCGUGAACGGCUGCGUGACUGGACACUUUACUUCAGCGGAAGACUUGAACCUGUUGAUUGCCAAAAAUACAAGAUUAGAGAUCUAUGUGGUCACUGCUGAGGGGCUUCGGCCUGUCAAAGAGGUGGGCAUGUAUGGGAAGAUUGCUGUCAUGGAGCUUUUCAGGCCCAAGGGGGAGAGCAAGGACCUACUGUUUAUCCUGACAGCUAAGUACAAUGCCUGCAUCUUGGAGUAUAAGCAGAGUGGCGAGAGCAUUGACAUCAUAACUCGAGCUCAUGGCAAUGUGCAGGACCGAAUUGGCCGCCCGUCAGAGACAGGCAUUAUUGGCAUCAUUGACCCCGAGUGCCGAAUGAUUGGCCUGCGACUCUAUGAUGGCCUGUUCAAGGUUAUUCCACUAGACCGGGACAAUAAAGAGCUCAAGGCCUUUAACAUCCGCCUGGAGGAGUUGCAUGUUAUCGACGUCAAGUUCUUAUAUGGUUGCCAAGCACCUACCAUCUGCUUUGUCUACCAGGACCCUCAGGGGCGGCACGUAAAAACCUAUGAGGUGUCUCUCCGAGAGAAGGAGUUCAAUAAGGGCCCUUGGAAACAGGAAAACGUAGAAGCUGAAGCUUCCAUGGUGAUUGCAGUCCCUGAGCCCUUUGGAGGCGCCAUCAUCAUUGGACAGGAGUCGAUCACGUAUCACAAUGGUGACAAAUACCUGGCUAUUGCCCCUCCCAUCAUUAAGCAAAGCACCAUUGUGUGUCACAACCGAGUGGACCCCAAUGGCUCUCGCUAUCUGCUGGGAGACAUGGAAGGACGGCUCUUCAUGCUGCUUUUGGAGAAGGAGGAGCAGAUGGAUGGCACCGUCACCCUCAAGGAUCUCCGUGUGGAGCUCCUUGGGGAGACCUCUAUUGCCGAGUGCUUGACGUACCUUGACAAUGGUGUUGUGUUUGUCGGUUCUCGCCUUGGUGAUUCCCAGCUUGUGAAGCUCAAUGUUGACAGCAAUGAACAAGGCUCCUAUGUAGUGGCCAUGGAAACCUUUACCAAUUUAGGGCCCAUUGUGGACAUGUGCGUUGUGGACCUGGAGAGGCAGGGGCAGGGACAGCUGGUCACUUGCUCUGGGGCAUUCAAGGAAGGUUCCUUGCGAAUCAUCCGGAACGGAAUUGGAAUCCACGAGCAUGCCAGCAUUGACUUGCCAGGCAUCAAAGGCCUGUGGCCACUGAGGUCUGAUCCCAACCGGGAGACCGAUGACACAUUGGUGCUCUCUUUUGUGGGCCAGACAAGAGUUCUCAUGUUAAACGGAGAGGAAGUGGAAGAAACCGAACUGAUGGGUUUUGUGGACGAUCAGCAGACUUUCUUCUGUGGCAACGUGGCUCAUCAACAACUUAUCCAGAUCACUUCGGCGUCUGUGAGGCUGGUCUCCCAGGAGCCCAAGGCGCUGGUGAGUGAGUGGAAGGAGCCUCAGGGCAAGAACAUCAGCGUGGCCUCCUGCAACAGCAGCCAGGUGGUGGUCGCCGUGGGGAGGGCCCUCUACUACCUGCAGAUCCACCCGCAGGAGCUCCGGCAGAUCAGCCACACAGAGAUGGAACACGAAGUGGCCUGCUUAGACAUCACCCCUCUAGGGGACAGCAAUGGAAUGUCCCCUCUUUGUGCCAUCGGCCUCUGGACAGACAUCUCAGCCCGAAUUGCAAAGCUGCCCUCUUUUGAGCUACUGCACAAAGAGAUGCUGGGUGGAGAGAUCAUUCCCCGUUCCAUCCUGAUGACCACCUUUGAGAGCAGCCACUACCUCCUUUGUGCCUUGGGAGACGGAGCGCUCUUCUAUUUUGGACUCAACAUUGAGACAGGCCUGUUGAGCGACCGUAAGAAGGUGACUCUGGGCACCCAGCCCACAGUAUUGAGAACUUUCCGUUCUCUUUCUACCACCAAUGUCUUUGCUUGCUCUGACCGCCCCACUGUCAUCUAUAGCAGCAACCACAAAUUGGUCUUCUCCAAUGUCAACCUCAAGGAAGUGAACUACAUGUGUCCCCUCAAUUCAGAUGGCUAUCCUGACAGCCUGGCACUGGCCAACAACAGCACCCUCACAAUUGGCACAAUCGACGAGAUCCAGAAGUUGCACAUUCGGACGGUCCCCCUCUAUGAAUCUCCCAGGAAGAUCUGCUAUCAGGAGGUGUCCCAGUGCUUCGGGGUCCUCUCCAGCCGCAUCGAAGUUCAGGACACGAGUGGGGGCACAACUGCUCUGAGGCCCAGCGCCAGCACCCAGGCCCUGUCCAGCAGCGUCAGCUCCAGCAAGUUGUUCUCCAGCAGCACAGCCCCUCACGAGACCUCCUUUGGAGAAGAGGUGGAGGUGCAUAACCUCCUUAUCAUUGACCAGCACACCUUUGAAGUGCUUCAUGCCCACCAGUUUCUGCAGAAUGAGUAUGCCCUCAGCCUGGUCUCCUGCAAGUUGGGCAAAGACCCCAACACGUACUUUAUCGUGGGCACGGCCAUGGUGUACCCAGAAGAGGCGGAGCCCAAGCAGGGUCGCAUUGUGGUCUUUCAGUAUUCAGAUGGAAAACUACAGACUGUGGCUGAGAAGGAGGUGAAGGGGGCUGUGUACUCCAUGGUGGAGUUUAACGGGAAGCUGUUAGCCAGCAUCAACAGCACGGUGCGGCUCUAUGAGUGGACGACGGAGAAGGAGCUCCGCACCGAGUGCAAUCACUACAACAACAUCAUGGCGCUCUACCUGAAGACCAAGGGCGACUUCAUCCUGGUGGGCGACCUGAUGCGCUCGGUGCUCCUGCUGGCCUACAAGCCCAUGGAGGGCAACUUCGAAGAGCUUUCGGCUCCCUUUGCUUCCUUAGGCCUGGUGACCUCACUGUCAGAGAGCUGGUACAACCUCUUGUUGGACAUGCAGAAUCGACUCAAUAAAGUCAUCAAAAGUGUGGGCAAGAUUGAGCACUCCUUAUAUCCUUCUCAGAGUUGUCCCCUUGCUCAAAAACAUGGCCUGGCCCAGGCAAAGAGCACUGGAAAUUUAUCCUUUCAUACUGAACGAAAGACAGAACCAGCCACUGGCUUCAUCGAUGGCGACUUGAUUGAGAGUUUCCUGGAUAUCAGCCGGCCUAAGAUGCAGGAAGUUGUGGCAAACCUACAGUAUGACGAUGGCAGCGGGAUGAAGCGAGAGGCCACUGCGGAUGACCUGAUCAAGGUGGUGGAGGAGUUAACUCGGAUCCAUUAG